AUUUCUCUGGCCGAAAAAAAGCGAAACGUUAUUUUGGGCACUAAUAAUGAACAGAGCAAGUUUGUCAUAACAACAGGGAUAUCAGAGUAGAAUCUGUUUUAUUUACAGGAGUCACGCUUCGUCGAGAAUGCGCGGAAAAAGAGAUCUAUUGUACAAAGACCAUGACCCAAGGACGUUAUGGAUUGUUUUAAGGAUUUACCUUUUUACCUUCUACAUUUUAACGUCGGUCAGAGCGUUGGAUCAUAACAGCGAAAAAGUUGACAGAAUACUUGGAACAAAUACGGGUAGUAUGGAUAAAGGAGUGUCCUCAAUUUUAGAAAAUGCCAUAUUUGGCCGGUUUAGGCGGCAAACCACUGGCUGGACCCUCCAGGAGAUAGCUAACCCUAGUACGGACCCUGAGGGCUGCGGCAGGACAGCCCCUGGCUGGGUGUGUGACCCCGGCGGUGUGCUGUUGACAGAAGACGUUAACCGCAUGAAUGAGCAUAUUAACGGGAUCAUGAGGGAUUCGUUAUGCCCGUGUCCCGGUGCUUGUCCGUCUGGGCUGUCUGGAUACAGUAUCUCUGUGGCCAUAGUUCCCAAGAUGAAUGUUCCAAGCAGUUCUUCUACUCCGAUAGAGGCUAAGAAAUGGGCCAGUGAAUUGGUCCAAAACAAGUGGAACUUUGGCAGCUGUGAUAACGAUGUUGUAAUAUUUUGGUCAAAAGAAGACAGGCAGUUGUAUUCUUCCGCGGGUUCUCGAGCUUAUAAGAAGCUGUCAGGUGAUUGCGUUGGAGAUAUUUACUCUGAAGCAAGGCCGCUGUUCGACGGGGGCAAUUACGCUAAAGGAUUUGACCACAUACUUAAGGAAUAUAGGAAAGCCCUCCUGGGAGAACGUUGCACAGCCCUUCCUUGGUGGGCAAUAUUGUUGAUCAUUCUAGCAAUAUUUCUUUUGAUUCUUCUGAUUGUAUCCCUACUACUCUGUCUACUGUGCUGCAAAAAGAAAAAGCGAGAUCGUGUACAAAAACGCACAUUUGUCCACCAAGUAUCACCUGAUGGGAGAACUACCACGGUGGAAUACGUUUCACCGGUUACGUCAAGGCCGCCGUCACGUGUCACCAGCACUCCUAUUCCUUUUUACUCUCACACAAUGCCUAACAUGGACAAACAUAAAAAACGAAAGAACGGCCAUGCCGGCUCGCACAAGAGCUCGCCUGCUGUGUUUAAAAAGGGAUAUGGCAACGCAGCAUACAGAGACAGCACUUUAGGAAGCCCGAGCUCCGAAAGGGCCAUGAUUUACCACAUCCCUGACGGUGUUCAACCUGUAAGAAAUUCGGUUCCUUCCAGAUCUGGAAGCUUUUCGGACUACGGAGGCGGUUACAGUACCUAUCAUAGCGGUGACCGACGAGCAGACGAUCGUCGACAUUACGGUAGCCAUGGCAACCUAUACUACCCUCGUCACCAUGACAACAGUCCACAUAGAGAUAUGCGACUUUGACAGCAAAGCCACAAAUACCUUUCUAGUAAUUGGAUACAGCAUUCGCAGGCUACAACUGAUUGAAAUUUAUCAGUGAGAUAGCCUAUAAAAAUGGCAUUCUUUAAGAAAACCGGGGAAGACAAAGGGAAAGGGAGGAUGAAGUUUUAGAAUGCCAAGAAAGGAACCACCGAGUUUUUUGUAACGUACUGUAAGAGUACAUAAUCUUUGGGCCCUUCGCUACUGAGGGGUAUGACUAUAGCAAAAUAAUAAUUUAUCUUUGAUUGAUGUACAAUAAACCUGAAACGUACAAUUUCCAAUAUUAAGACAUUGCAUGGGAGAAUACAUUGACUCACUGAUUAUGUGAUGACACGUGCCAUACCGUGUAAAUUAUAGAAAUCCCAACUGAAAAGGAAUGAUUUAAUGUUGAAGUCAUUUACAUAAGGUCUUGUGAUACAUGUAUUUAUAUAAAGGUUAUCAACAGCGUACAAAUGUAUAUAUAACUUGUAUUAAAAUUCAUGAAACCAUAUGGGAUAACGUUUUUUAAGGUGCAUGUAUGGUUGUAUGGAGUGGUGAAGAUAAUACACGGUAGAAAAAGGACGCCUUGCCCUAUAGUACUGAAUGACGAUUAAUGGGUGUGUGUGUGUGCGU